AUGGAAAAGAUGAACCAGGCGUUGGAGAAAAUGAAGAUGCUCGUCGGAAUGGAAGUCGAGGAAGAAGACGAGGAACAGGCCUCCGGCCCGUCUCGGGAUUUGUCCUCCUUCAUUGACGACUUCAAUCGAAAUUGCGCCCUCUCCUCUAAGCAGAGGCUAUACGGUUUCGCCAUCUGCUUUGUUUCGGGCUUAGCUUGUACAUUUUUGUCCAUGCUGGUCUUUUUCCAUCCAAUCAAGUUUGGAGUAACAUUCACCUUUGGUAAUCUGCUUGCACUUGGGAGUACAGCAUUCCUGAUAGGUCCAAAGCGCCAAGUUACUAUGAUGCUUGAUCCUGUUCGAAUAUAUGCCACAGCUCUGUACCUUGCGAGCAUUAUUAUUGCAUUGUUUUGUGCAGUCUAUGUUCACAGCAAGAUCUUGACACUUUUUGCGGUCAUAUUAGAGUUUGGAGCCCUAUUUUGGUACAGCUUGAGCUAUGUUCCGUUUGCACGUUCCAUGGUAUCAAAAAUCAUGGUUGGUUGCUUUGACACCGAAUUCUAG